AUGGCCGCCGCCUGGGCUUCGGGCCCCGCGGUCGCGACCCUGGUGCUGGAGCAGCUCGGGGGAUCGGGGGACCAGGAGGGCUUUCUGCUCGGAGGGGAGCGAGAGGAGCGAGUGGUGAUCAUCAGCGACACUCACCUGAACAACACGGAGCAGCACACGCACAUCGAGAUCCAUGGCCACCUGCCCUGCUUACGACCCUCCAGUUUUUACGACGGCGUUGGAAAAGUGGACAAGGCCACGGUGGAGGACCUCCUGAGAGAGCACAGCAAGUCUCUCCUCGGCUGGUACCGGUUCCGACGGAACACAUCACAGCAGCUGACCUUCCGUGAGACCCAGGUCCACCGGAACCUGUGCCAGGUUUUGGGGAAACCGGACCUGGUGUUCCUGUUGUUUGGGUUCCUGUCGACCGCCAACCACUCGACCCACGCUCUGGAAUACGUCAUGUUCCAGCCUAGCCGCAGGUCUCAGCCGCGCGUGCCUCUGACGAUCAGGAACCUGGGGAACUUGGCUCAGCAGGAUUACCUCCUGUCCGCCGUGCCCAACACCUCACGGCACUUCACAGAGCUCGCUGCCGAGCACAGUGGGGAGUUCCUGGACGGAGAGGGGGUCGUGCGUGACGUCCGGCGCAUUUUCCAGAUGUACAGCGCAACGCAGGAACGCCUACAGCUGGUGUGCGGUGAGGUAGCGGCGAGCGAGCGAGCGCUGGAAUCUGCACUCUCUGAGGUGGAGCUCCUGCAGAGACUCGUACGGAACAAGGAGGAGGCGAGAGACCGCAAGCGGCGUGAGGAGGAGAGGAUCCGGGAGGAACAGAGAAUCCGGGAAGAGGAGAGAGUGCGUGAAGAGGAGAGAAUUCUGGAAGAGAAGAGAAUUCGGGAGGAGAUGGUGCGGGAAGCGGCAAGAAUCAGGGAGGAAGAGAGAGUCCUGAAAGAGCGAAGGAUCCGGGAGAAAGAGGAGAGAGUGCGUGAAGAGGAGAGAUUACGUGAGGAGGAGAGAUUACGUGAGGAGGAGAGAAUCCAGGAGGAGGAGGAGAGAGUGCGUGAAGAGGUCAGAGUGCAGGAGGAAAAGAGAAGACGGGAAGAGGAAAGAGUCGGAGAGGAGGAGGAGAGAGUUCAAGUGGACGCUGCCCCCUCUCCCGACGGCGCUCCCGCUGCACUUCGCCCCCCGCCGCUACCCCCAGCGGCUGCCGCCCCCCCCCUCGUUGCCCCGUGCAAGGAGACCCCUGGGAGGGCAACGCGGGGCCCCGGGGGGUCCCGGGGCGUGGUCGCUGCCGCCGCCGGUGCGGCCGGAGCUCCGUUUCCCGCGGACCGACGGUCGCCCGACCCCGACGGCGGCGGCGGCGCCGCCUCCGCCGCUUCCAAACGGCGCGCCGAAGAGGCGGGCCGGCCCCCCCAGGGGCUUCUGGGAGGAAGCGAGGCGGCCGAGUCGCUCCGGAUUCACGCGGCCGGGGGGACGGCGGCGGCGGCAGGGCUGCUGUUGAGACGGGCGCCCGUGGGCACCGGCGAGAGCAGCGGAGACAGCGGCAGCAGCGGGGACAGCGAGACGGAGGGCAGCGAGACGGAGGGCGACCCGCGGUCGCUAGACGGCGCUAAGGACGCGUGAUGCCGAAGGGACGAGGGGGGUGGGGGCGCCGGGAGGCA